AGGACGGAUUCCAGCAGGACUGGGGUCAGCGGGGACAAGGGUCAGAGAGCAAAGCCUGGGUUCCGUGGGUGGUCCACAGAACCAGAAGGCCUGUUGCCAGGUAACCAGAGCUCCCUUCAUUUGCCAACCCGGCACCCUGAGCUGCUGACCCACCAGCCUCCCACCGUCUUUCCCUCCGUGGGACCCUAAAAAGCAGGAGGAAGGGAGAAGCAAGAGCCCAGCCAGCACCCCGGGCCACCCGCGGCUCCCCCAGCCACCGUUUCACUGCGAGGACCCGGCCGCCGGGCCCCCUGGCUCAGCAGCACCAUGAGUCUGGGCAUCAUGGAGGAGGAAGACCUGGCCGAGUACUUCCGGCUGCAGUAUGGGGAGCGCCUGUUAAAACUGCUACAGAAGUUCCCCAACAUUGACGAGCAGUCGGAGUCCCCAUCCAUCCGGCUCCUGGAGAAGAAGAAGGAGGCCAAGAUCAUGCACCGUGCUAUGGAGCAGAAGAAGGAGACAUUUCAGCGUAGAAUGGAAACCCUGAACCUGCGCUGGGAGGAGUUGGGCAUCAAGGAGGCCCAGCUGAAGGCCCACAUCCAGAAGUUUGAGCAGUUCAUCCAGGAGAACGACCAGAAGCGGAUCCGCGCCCUGAAGAAAGCCAGCAAGGAGCGGGAACUGAAGAGGCAGCGCGUGCGAGAGCUGGCCAAGGCCAAGCAGGAGAUGGUGGCCUUGCGGCUGGAGCACCAGAAGCUGAGCAUGAAGCUGCAGGACUACUCCAUCUUCAACAAGUACCUGGAGAAGGUGGUGGAGAACUCAGAGUUCGAGGAGAUCCACGAGGUGAUUGCGCGCUACAAGACCCUGGUGAGCAUGCACCAGGACCUGAUGCAGUCGGCGCAGGAGGGCCAGGAGAAGAUCGAGCGCGCCAAGGCGCGGCUGGCGCGCUACAUGGAGGAGAAGGACGACGAGAUCCUGCAGCACAACAACGAGCUGGCCCGGCUGCAGAUGCGCUUCGACCGCGCCCGCAGCGAUGUCAUCAUCUGGGAAUCUCGCUGGGCACACAUCCAGAACACUGCCGCCAAGAAGACCCUCUUGCUUGGCACCAUUAAGAUGGCGACACUGAACCUCUUCCAGAUCGUGAGCAAGCAGCUGAAGGAGACCACCACCGUGUCCCUGGAGGACACGCACAAACAGCUGGACAUGAUCCAGCAGUUUAUCCAGGAUCUGUCGGACAUCUGGGCAGAGGUGAGGAAGAAAGAACAACAGCAAGUCCGGGUCUAG